AAUAUUGAUCAAUAAAUAAAUUAAUAUUUUUUUAUUGAAGUAAUACGAAUAUUUAUGAAGUUAUGUAACGUAAAUAUUACGUAAUAUAAAAAAUCAAAAACCGUGUCAUUCUUGAACAAUGUUACGUACGGCUAUAAGUCGAAACAUGCGAAAUUUUAGUAAUAAUGCAGAAGUAAAAUGCAAACGCCUGGAAGGAAAAGUUGCAAUCGUUACUGCAUCUACAGAGGGGAUAGGAUAUUCUAUAGCGAAACGUUUAGCGCAAGAGGGUGCCAAAGUUAUGAUCAGUAGCAGAAAAGAAUCUAAUGUAAAAAAGGCUGUGAAUAAAUUACUUGAAGAAGGUUUAUUUGUUGCUGGUACUGUUUGUCAUGUAGGAAAAGCUGAACAAAGAAAAAAAUUAUUCGAUGAAACAAAAUCUGUAUUCGGAGGUCUGGAUAUUUUGAUUUCUAAUGCAGCAGUAAAUCCACAAGUUGGGCCAGUUUUAGAAAGUGAAGAGGAAGUGUGGGAUAAAAUAUUUGAUAUUAAUGUUAAAUGUACAUAUUUACUUAUGAAAGAAUCUUUGCCUCUUUUAAAAGAUAGUAAAUCACCAUCAAUAACUAUUAUAUCAUCUAUAUCAGGAUAUCAACCAUUUAAUCUUCUUGGAGUUUAUUCAGUUAGUAAAACAGCAUUAUUAGGACUUUGUAAAGCUGCUGCUGAAAAUUUAUCUACAUAUGGAAUUCGCGUCAAUUGCAUCGCACCUGGUAUUAUCGAAACCAAAUUCUCAGAGCCAUUCCACAAAUCUGAAACAGCAAAUGCUGCUACUAUGGAAAAAAUUCCACUUGGAAGAAUUGGAAAGCCAGAUGAGAUUAGUGGCAUUGCUGCUUUUUUAGCGAGUGAUGAUGCAUCAUAUAUUACUGGGGAAACAAUUGUUGCUAGUGGUGGUAUGCAGUCAAGGCUUUGAAGAAUAAGCAAGAUGUAAAUAUUAUCUUGCACUUAUUUAAUUGAACAAAUAAAACUAUCAAAUGUAAUUAAUACUUUUUUAUAUAUACAUUUUAUAUACAUUUGUAUACAUUUUAUAUAUUUUUGUUAUGUUAGUUGUAUAAGAUGUUAAAAUGAAAUAUUAGGUACUUGAUAUACAUCUAUCUACUUGCAUGAUUAGUUUCUGGACAUAUGAUUAAAUGUAUGAAAAUAAAAUGAAAGUGUAUAUUUGUGAUA